AUGUUUCACGUUGUUCAGUAUCGGCCUUUAAGACUAAUAACCCAAAGCAUUCUUCCUAGUAUGUGUUUAAAACUCAUGCUUUCCAGACCUGCUGCAUUUGCACACAUGUGUAAGUCAUGGUUGUCAAGCCAUUCUCUUGUCGGAAACAAAAAUAUUAUCCUCAUGGGACCUCCGGGUGCUGGGAAAACAACAGUUGGGAGAAUAGUAGGUCAGAAACUUGACUGCCCUGUCAUAGACAUAGAUGACGAUGUCCUUGAAGCAACGUGGAAUAUGAGUGUGUCGGAAAAACUGCAGGAUGUGGGUAAUGAGCAGUUUGUAGAGGAGGAAGGAAAAGCCCUGUUGAAGUUUUCAGCAUCUGGAAGUGUCAUUUCCCUUACUGGGUCUAAUCCAAUGCAUGCUGCUGGUAUGCAGCAUAUAAAGAAAGAUGGUAUAGUUGUAUAUUUGGAUGUGCCCACAACAGUCAUUAUGAGCAGGCUGAAAUCAAUGAAAGUGGAUCGCAUCGUGGGCCAGUCUCCUGGUAUUUCUCUCAAGGACAUACUUCAGUUUAGGAAGCAGUUCUACAGAAGGUGGUACGACAUCCGUGUUCUUUGUGGAGGGGAUAUUGCAGCAGAAGUUGUAGCAGAAAAGGUGCUUCAUGCUGUGAAGAGAUACCAAAACUCAGAGCUGGAAACUUUCAUUUCAACUAGGUCUACCAGGUCUGGAAGGAGUAUGGAAAAAGGCUCUAGAAAAUAUUUCAGUGACGUUGUUACUGAGGGCUUAGCUCCCGAUGGAGGACUCUUUGUUCCAGAGGGAGGCCUUCCAAAAUUCACUGCUGGAGAAUGGCAAAGCCUAAUAGAAGCAACUUAUGUUGAAAGAGCCCAGGUGAUACUAGAAAGUUGCAUACAUCCUGCAGAUAUUCCUGCUUCUGCACUGGCAGAAAUUACUGGAACUGCUUAUGGAGAAAACUUCACUUGUUCUAAAGUUGCCCCAGUUAGGCAUCUGGCAGGCAAUCAGUUUCUCCUCGAGUUAUUUCAUGGACCAACAGCAUCAUUUAAAGAUUUUGCAUUACAGAUUGUGCCACAUAUAUUUGCAUACUGCAUUCCCAGAAGCUGCAAUUACUUGGUUCUGGUAGCUACUUCUGGUGACACAGGGAGUGCUGUCUUAGAUGGCUUUAGUCGUCUCCAUGACACUGACAAACAGAGAAUUGCUGUGAUUAAUUUUUUUCCUGAGGAUGGAGUAAGCCAAAUUCAAAAGUCACAGAUGAUUGGCAGUCAGAAAGAAAAUGCCUGGUCAGUAGGUGUGAAAUCUGAUUUUGAUUUUUGCCAGACAGCUAUAAAGCAAAUCUUUACUAAUUCUGAUUAUACUGGCUUUCUAACAGUAGAAUAUGGAACAGCUUUGGCUGCAGCAAACUCCAUAAACUGGGCACGACUCCUUCCUCAGAUAGUUUAUCAUGCCUCUGCAUACCUUGAUCUUGUUCGUCAAGAGAUUAUUCCUUUUGGAAGCCCUGUAGAUGUUUGCAUUCCUACAGGAAACUUUGGCAACAUAUUAGCUGCUUUGUAUGCUAAAUUGAUGGGAAUUCCUAUUAGAAAAUGUGUUUGUGCUUCCAAUGAAAACAAUGUUUUGACUGACUUCAUAAGAACAGGUGUGUAUGAUUUGAGGGGAAGAAAAUUAAUUCCCACUUUUUCACCUGCAGUAGACAUUUUGAAGUCCUCCAACCUUGAGCGAUACUUGCACCUGAUUGCUAAUGGGAAUGGACAACUAGUGACACAAUUCUAUAACCAGCUGGAAAAUCAGGGCCACUUCCAGCUACAGAAUGAUUUACUUAAAAAGCUGCAGCAAGAUUUGGUGGCUGGAUGGUGCUCUGAGGAGGACUGUCUAGCUGCUAUUCACUCUGUAUACAGCACUACAGGAUAUAUUUUGGAUACACACACAGCUGUUGCUAAAGUAGUUGCAGAUCGAUUGCAAGAUAGAACUUGCCCAAUUAUUAUUUCAUCUACAGCUCAUUAUUCUAAGUUUGCACCUGCUAUCUUGAAGGCCUUGAGGAUUGCAGAAAUAAAACAGAAUCCAUUAAGUCAGCUUCACUUGCUGAGUUCUUACAGCCCUCUGCCUCCAGUCCACUGGGGCCUUUUAGAGACCCUGAAAAAGAAGGGGAAUGAGGAUCACCAAGUCUGUGCUGCUGAUAUGAGUAUGCUGAUGUCCCGUAUAGAAACCUUAAUUCAAAAUCAUUUUAUGAAAGUUUUCUGAGCAACUGAUCAGAGGUCCACUAUGUCAAUUGAGGUACCUUCUCAGCAAUCUGUAUGUUCUAAUAAAGU